AUGCCAUUACAACCAGAACCGCCAGACAAAACAACAAACAGAUUUUCUUUACUAAGCCAAUUUGACGACUAUACUUCCGACUACUCUUUUCCGCCGCUCACAUACAAACAAACAUCACUCAAUCAACCCAAAUACAUAACUAUUAAAUCACCUAAUAAUGAACUACAAAAACUCAGUCCUUUCGUAAUUAAAAAAUCGUUAGACGCAAUAUCUACCCAAAUCGAAAACAUUAAACAACUUAAAGACGGCUCACUACUGAUACUAACACGUAACUCAAAAGUAGCUGAGAAAUUUCUAAAGUUAAAAACGAUUGCUAACCUCUGUCCAGUGACAACAAAAUAUCAAGACAAUCUAAACACAAUAAAGGGAAUAAUAUACGCGCCUUGCCUAAACGAAGUAAACGAGGAGGAGAUUUUGCGGGAACUUAAAAUCCAAGGCGUGACUGGUAUAUAUAAGUUUACCCGCAUGACUGAGGGCAAAGUUGUUCCUACUGGCAAAAUUGUCUUAUCUUUUGACCUCUACCACCUACCCAAAGUCAUCGACAUAGCUUGGUAUAAAGUUAAGGUCGCCCCUUACUAUCCAACACCUAUGCGCUGCAAAAACUGCCAACUACUAGGACACACAAAAAUACGCUGCACCAAUACUGCUACAUGCGAAGGCUGCAAUCUUCCACCCCACUCUCCAUCCGACUGUACACGUAAACAAUGUGCAAACUGUGGCAGCGAUCAUGCAUCGUCAGACAAAGACUGCCCAAGAUUUAAACAGACUCAAGAAAUUCUAAAAAUCAAAACCAUCACAAAAUGCUCCAUGGGCGAAGCACUGCGCAAAUACAACGAAAAUAAUACACAAACUGUAAAAUCCAAAAGCACUUAUGCAAACGUCACCAUAACAAGUCAAUCAACAUCCACUAACAAGACACCAUCAUCACCAACGACAACAAGUACAACAAUAGGAAAACGCCCUGCUACAUCCCCACCAACAAAAACUAGUAUAUCAAAACUACAAAAAACAAAGAAUUCACUCGAAACCAAUAGUUUAAAUAAUCCUACUAACAAAACAACAUCAAACUCACUCACUCAAACCGCUAACGCCAAACAAACGCAAAACUCACCACACCACAUAUCCCAACAAACCAAUAAUAUUCUGGAAAGCCUUUCUACUAUCUCACCAUGCAGCAAAAUUACUCAAGAAUUACUAAAAAAAAACGAUUAUUUCAUGCCCAUAUCCGACUCCGACGAAGAACCUAAACUAUAA